GCAUUCUUCUUUUUUGUUGUACAAUUUUUCUAGAGAGUAUAGUUGAGAAAGAUAACGAGUAGAGUACACGAGGUACUUGAUUUUGAUAUUUUAUGAAUCUUUAAAUGGCGCUCGAUUGAUGGACUUUUGAUAUUAUUUUUGGAUAUUUACUUGAAUUGGUGGACUUGUGAUGUUGUGUGGAUAUUAUUUGCUCGAAUUGGUGGAUUUAUGUUAUGAACUUUAACUUAGCUUAGACAGUGUUUGUUAUUCUGAAAUCGUCUUAUUGUGUACUGCACGUCAAAUUUCAAAAACUUUCAUUUUUCAUGCUUCCAGUUUCAUUGGUUUUAUUUUUUGCAUUACAUUAAAUUUCAUUAUGUCUACUGCGACUACGAGGAAGAGUGCAAGGCGAAAGGGGUUGCGGUCUAUUGCGAGCACUUUGCGCGAGCGAAUUGAUGUCAUAGUUAAGGACUUUUCGGAGGAGAAACGAGCAGAAAUUAUUUCUUUACAGACCAAUUUAAUUGACACUGUUAAACAGUUAAAGGAGUUAGAUGAAGAGCUAUACGGUGUUUUAUCGGCUGAAGAGAUCGAAACCGACGUUAUGGAGGCUACAGAAUUUUAUCUAUUAGUGAACAUGAGUCUCGCGACUAUUACUACCGCUACCGGACCACAUGUUUCAACCACAGAAUCGACACGGUCUGUUGAAAAGAAAUCGAUGAGACUACCCAAAAUAGAACUGAGCAAAUUUAAUGGGAACCCUUUGAAUUGGCCCUCGUUUUGGGACCAGUUUAAUUCAGCCAUUAAUGACAAUGACAGUUUGAAUGCAAUUGAUAAAUUUAAUUAUUUGAAGAGAUACGUCGAAGGAACCGCUUUAUCAACUAUUUCUGGGUUAGAAUUGACGAACAGUAACUACGAAAAUGCUAUAGAGUUGCUUAGAAACCGUUUUGGCAACGAACAGGUGCUCAUUAACGCGCACAUGGAAGCCCUGUUGAAGAUUGAGUCAGUACGAUCAAUGGAUAACACCCAACAAUUGAGAAAACUUUAUAAUGAUGUUGAGAACUGUAUUCGAAAUUUGAAAAAUUUGAAGUAUAAUAGCGAAAUGCUGAGUUUAUUGAUUCCGGUUCUGAACGAAAGAAUUCCCAACGAAUUACGAAUGAUUAUUUCUAGAAAUUUUGGAGAGGAGAAGUGGUCCGUUGAAAAGAUGCUGUUUUUUAUCAAUAACGAACUGCAAGCUCGAGAGAGGUGCACUGUAACCGCGAAAGGCAAGGGACAAACUCCCAAUGAAAAUUACAAGAGAGGAGGAAUUUCUACCACAGACUGCUUAUUGACUUUGGACAGAAAAAAAUGUGUUUUCUGUCACGAUUCUCACUCUCCGUCGAGGUGUUCAAAAGUUACCAACGUACAAACACGUUCGCAAAUUAUGAAAAAGGAAGGGCGUUGCUUUUUAUGCUUGCAGCAUGGACACAUUUCAAAGAACUGUUGUUCAAAUUACAUAUGCAAUAGAUGUGGAAGACGUCACCACAUCUCUUUGUGUAUGAAAGAAAAACGUGCCGAAAGAAAAGAUAAAGACAACAAUGGCUCGGAGGAAAACCCUUCUAACGAAACCAACGCGAAUCACAUCAGCCAAGGAAACAAAGGAAUUCUUUUGCAGACGGCUAAAGCUUUUGUUUCGAAAGAAAGGGAGAGCAGGAACAUACAAACGAGAUUCAUGUUUGAUUCAGGUAGCCAGAGAACAUAUGUCACAAUUGAACUGAAAGAAAAACUGAAUUUAGAAACAAUUCGAAAGGAAAAAUUAAUUAUUAACACUUUGAACCAUAGCAACAGCCAAUCGAGAGAGCUACCCGUUGUUAAGUUGUAUGUAAAAACCGCUGACCGCUCAUCUACCGUACCCAUCGAAGCCAUUGCCGUACCAAACAUUUGCGCUCCUCUCUCAAAUCAGAAUGCGAAAUAUUACGCUGAUAAUUACGAACACUUGAAGCGGUUGAAAUUAGCAGAUUUUUCAAAUGGUGAAACGAGACUGAAUGUUCACGUUCUGAUUGGUUUAGACCAUUAUUAUUCAUUCAUUACCGGCGAAGUUGUUCGAGAUCCGAGAGGCGGUCCUAUCGCUAUCAAUUCCAAACUUGGCUGGAUUUUGUCCGGAGGUGAACAGUCGAAAGCGAACGAAUCAAGCUGCAUGGAAGUACACGCCUGCCGUGUUGAUACCGAAAACACAAUUCUUCGUGACGAGUUGAACAAGUUUUGGCAAAUUGAGUCGAUCGGUGACGGAGAAAACGAAAACGUAUUAUCUUCUUUUAAACAAACUCUUGAAUUCAACGGUGAACGCUACGUGACCGAAUUACCAUUUCGUCCUGAUCAUGAUAAACUUUCCGAUAAUUUUGCAGUUUUGAAACAACGCUUAGAUUCUCUUGUUAACAAACGAUUACGAAAUGAACCUGAUUUAGCUGUGCAAUACAACGACAUUUUUGCAGACUACGAAUCGAAACAGAUUAUAGAAAAAGUUCCAGAAAGUGAGAUAGCUUGCGAAAAUGCUCACUACCUUCCGCAUCAUCCGGUUGUACGCCAAGAUAAAAGUACAACGAAAGUUCGUCCUGUUUUUGAUGGAUCUUGUGCCGUUCACAAACCAUCCCUCAAUGACAUUUUGAACUCUGGUCCUAAUUUACUUGCUAAGGUGUUUGACAUUCUGCUGAGAUUCCGUACGAACUACGUCGCUUUAGUUGCUGAUAUUCAACAAGCCUUCUUGAAUAUUGAAAUCGCUGAGAAAGACCGUAAUUAUCUUCGUUUUUUGUGGAAAGAAAACCCUACCGAGAACGAUUCAAAGCUCAUUAUCUAUCGAUUUCUGCGUGUCGUGUUUGGGUUAACGUGCAGUCCGUUUUUGCGAAGCAAUUGAGCUUUGCGAGCGAAGCGAGCGAAGCGAAAUUGUGGAGCACGUUUGCUACACGCGAGGUAUACCAAGAGAAUUAUUGAGAUUCUCAAAAUUUCGAUAGAAAAAAAAUCAUAUAAAAUCAGCGUAAAGAAAUAGGACUGAUAUUUUUGCACAUAAAGCUAGGGUAUUUUUUUUUCUAAUAAAACAAAUAAGUUUGGACCGAGGGGUUAAAGUAUAAGUUUAGUAAAAAAUGCAAUAAGUACGGCUCGUACCCCCCCCACCCCCGGAUUUUGACCCCCCCCCGUCUUUUGGUCCGGAUUAUACGUCCGCCGAACUUGAACACACAAAGAGGAAUAUGCCGUGAACAAGAAACGGUAGUCGGCAUUUUAGACACGUAUAUUUUACAGACCCAAAAUAUGCCUUAUUUCUUUGUAUUAUAGCUAAUUAUGGUAUAAAUAAUUAAUUAAUUACUUUGCAAUUUUGCUUCUAAUACUAUUAUAGUUGUAUUUUAAUGAAAUAUAAUAGUAUUAAAACGGUUUUCUUCUUUUGAAAAAAUUUAUUGCUAGUCCUGUUUCUAAUCGACUUUACUUGUGUAUUUUAAGCUUUUUUGUUGCUGUGCUUUUUCUGGAGAUUUUAUUUGGAUUGGAAAGCUCCUGUGUAAGGUACCCUUUCCUAAAGAAAAAUUGAAGUAAUUUGUACAAUUAUAACGCACCGAGCUGUGUUUUAUUUUAUUGUUUCUAAGAAGAUGUAAGAAUACAAUAUUAUCAAUUUUAAUUGGUUUUAUCCAAAUCAAGAUUGUGUACAAUGGGAGUGAGUGAUGUAAUCUUCUAAUGCGUGUGGUGAAAAGAAGGCGAAUCCGUUAUUGUUUUUCUGCCCAAAUUUGAAGCUAUUUAAUAAAUCUUGAUAAAGUUAAAAAACUGUUUUGAUUUGUUUGUUUUUGUUUUAAUUGUUUCCCGUGAGUUUUCGAAAUUCGUUCCAGCAGAUUCUGUGGCUUCUACUGCCGGUAUUUUUACGUGAAAAAAAUA